AUGCACAUCGAAAGUGACAAGCAGACCAUGUCGAUGGCGAGAACCAGAGUCGAGAAAGACAGUCUUGGCCAAUUAGAGCUGCCAGCUGAGGUGCUUUAUGGCAUAAACACCGCUCGGUCGCUUGAAAAUUUCCCCCUCUCCGGUCGAUCUAUCACAACAUGGCCAGACUUCAUUUAUUCAUUCGCAAUAAUAAAGCAAGCUGCAGCCCGUGCAAACUCCGAAAUAGGUAGCUUGACAGAAAAGCAGGCUGAUGCUAUCUUUGCGGCGUGUGAAGAAAUCAAAGUCGGCAAACAUGACGCACAUCUCGUCGUUGACAUGCUGGAGGGUUCGGGUGGGACCUCUACCAACAUGAAUGUGAAUGAAGUGAUUGCGAAUAUCGCAGCAAAAUCCUCACACCUAGCGCUCUCCAAUUACAGUUUUAUCCAUCCCAACGAUCACGUCAACUUGGGACAGUCAACUAAUGAUGUGGUUCCGACUGCCAUGAAGUUGGCUGUCUAUCGCUCAAUGGAAAAGGCGCUGCGUACCCUUCGCCAGCUAGCGGAUGCGUUUGCGAGAAAGGGCGAGGAAUACAAGUCACUCCUCCGUCUUGGAAGAACAUGCCUUCAAGAUGCGCAGCCCAUGACCCUUGGACAAGCAAUUGGAGGCUACGAGGCAGUCAUACGGCGACACGUAGACCAGCUCGACAUAAUUCGCGAGCAAUUCUUGACAGUUCCCUUGGGAGGAACAGCCAUUGGGACCGGCUUUGGGUCCAAUCCGGGGUAUAAAGCGGCUGUUUUCCGACAUCUGUCCAAAUUAUUCAACACACAAGUCCAGCCCGCUGGGAACGCGUUUGACGGUAUGCAGAACAUGGACAAUUGCGCCCGUCUUUCUGGGGAGUUGCGCAAUACUGCAAACACUCUGUGGAAGAUUGCUAAUGACCUUAUCAUACUAUCUUCUGGUCCCAGUGGUGGAAUAAACGAGGUCACUCUUCCUUCAGUCCAGGCCGGAUCCUCAAUCAUGCCUGGAAAGGUUAACCCAGUCAUCCCCAUAGCGGUCUGUCAAGUCGCCUUUGCUAUCACCGGUAACGAUACCGCAAUUGCAAUGGGAUGCCAGCACGGCCUGCUGGAAAUCAACCACUUUGAGCUGCUUGUGUGUGAUCGCCUCCUUGACAGUAUUCAUUUACUCACCGGCGCUACCGAAAUUUUCACCCGCCGAUGCAUCGACAACAUGGUUGCAAAUGAAGAUGUCUGUCGAAAGCAUUUGCUUGCAUCCAGCGCGUUGGCUACUGCACUCGUACCAACACUUGGCUAUGCGCAGGUUUCCACCAUCGUCCGUGCAGCCCUAGCAGCAAAAAGACCUUUUCUGGAUGUUGUAAUUGAAAAAGAGUUGCUCACAGAAGACGAGAUCACAUCAGUGAUUGAAUGCUCGACCCAUCACGACAAUGUUUAA